CAGCCGGGCCUCAGAGCGCCCCGGCCCGGCGGGGAUCGGAGAGGGAUUGGUUUUCGCGAGGCGGGCCCAAGCCCCCGGUCCUGAGUCUGGCCUCGGAUCCGUCGGAGGCGGCGGGCGUGCGGCCGUCCUUCCGGCGCCAUGUCGUUCUGCAGCUUCUUCGGGGGCGAGAUUUUCCAGAACCACUUUGAGCCGGGUAUCUACGUGUGUGCCAAGUGUGGCUAUGAGCUCUUCUCCAGCCGCUCCAAGUACGCACACUCGUCCCCGUGGCCGGCCUUCACCGAGACCAUCCACGCUGACAGUGUAGCCAAGCGUCCAGAGCACAAUCGGCCGGGAGCCAUAAAGGUAUCCUGUGGCAGGUGUGGCAAUGGGCUGGGCCAUGAGUUCCUGAAUGAUGGCCCCAAGCGCGGACAGUCCCGCUUCUGAAUUUUCAGCAGCUCAUUGAAGUUCAUCCCUAAAGGCGAAGAAACCUCUGCCUCCCAGGGACAGUAGGCGGGCUACCCAUACCCAAAUCAGGUGGAUACCACCUGAUGCCACCCACCUCAGUCGUGGAGCCACAGACAUUCAGAGCAGGGGGGUCGGGGUUGGGAGAAAGGAGUAGCUGAAACCUCAGGAAGACUCCCGAGGCCUUGGCUCUGAACAGGCUCUUGCUGGGAAGAGAAGGCUCACACUCGGCUGCCAGGACGGGCCCUGCUGUUGGCUCACACAGGGUCUCAGGGUGUGGACUCCAGGCCUGGUCUAUCUUUGGAUGAUGCUGCAAGCCCCACUUUCUCUUCCUCUCAGCCCACUGCCCCCUUACUACCUGUCUGGACUCACCCCAUGGGGCCCAACCCUGAGAUGGCGCCGCCCUCACCAAAGCUCUUGCCCACCUUCUCCAGGCUGUGCCAGGAGAUGGGAUGCAGACAGGGGUGGCUCUGCCAGCUGCCCCAGCCCGGUCACUCUAUGAUUCUCUCUGGUUAAACCCUUUCAGGCAGCCAGAGUGGUGAUGACCUGUGACCCGCUGGGGGAGCAGGCAGAGGGGAUGGACUCUGACCUCAGUUACAGGAGGAGAAAUCCCGAACCUGGUUGCACCAUCUGUGCGGAUGCAGCUUGCCUCACUCGGGCUUAGGAAAGCAGCUAUUGCUUCAUCAUCUUGACAGUGCAAGGCUGGGGACCCCGAGCUCACAGCCUCCUGUCAACCCCUCCCAGUAAACAGUGAGCGAACCUCACUGCAUGUGCUCUGAGGUGCCUGCCAUCGGGGGGGAUGGUGGAGCCCCUUCCACCUUGAAUCCUCUCUAGAGUAAUCAGGAGGAGACCAGUAAACAAAUGGAACCCAGGCUUGCUGUCUUUAUUAACCACAUCAGGAAUUACAGGAGAGCUGCUGUCAUUGAACUAACUGGAAGCCUGGAAUGCAUGGGAGUCACUGGAUCCCAGGGCAGCAGGGCCAAUGGUGGCUCACAGUGCCGGGCAACAGAGUCAAAGCGGCUGUCAGAAUAAUCUGACUCACACAGAAUUAGAGUCGGCCAGUUGGGCAGGGUGCUUCUCAGAGCGAAGUAGAUUGGAAGCCUGAUCUCGCUUGAUCUGUAUGAGCAGAGGUCUAACUUGAAUCAUAAAGAUGACUUCCUCCUUGCCAUUUCCUCCUCCAGGGGAUCUUCCUGACCCAGGGCUUGAACCUGCGUCUCUUAUAUCUCUUGCAUUAGCAGGUGGGUUCUUUACCACUAGUGCCACCUGGGAAGCCCUGUAUGAGCAGAAGUCUAACUUGAAUCAUAAAGACAGGCACUAGACUCCUCUGUCGAUUCACAGGCUUGAGCCAGUUUGUGCUAAGUCACUCAGUCAUGUCUCACCUUUGUGACCCUAUGGACUGUAGCCCGCCAGGCUCCUCUGCCCAUAGGAUUCUCCAGGCAAGAAUACUGGAGUGGGUUGCCAUUUUCUCCUCCAGGGGAACUUCCCAACCCAGGGAUGAAACCCACAUCUCUGUCUCCUGCAUUGGCAGGCAGAUUCUUUACCCACUGAGCCCACCUGGGAAGCCCUUGAGCCAGUUUGCAUGCCCAGAAUGAAUGAAUGAAUGAAUCAGAGCCAGCUGAGUGGUCUGCAGGAAACUGAGCUCCAGGGCCAGGAAGGACCUUGGACUUUGCUCACUUCUCCCAGCACUCCUGGCUCUGCAUUCUGGCUAAGGUGUCCCCUGAGCUUGAACUUGGCCCAAGAGCAAGUUGGCUUCCUGGGGCAAGCUGGGCCCAUGUGUCCAGGCCACACCCCCGUGGCUGCCCCUUGGGCUCAGAGCUGUAGCAUAGUGGGCUGGAGGGCCGGGCCUGGGGAUGGUGAGACUUGUACGGGAGCUGUGAGAGGCAGUGCUUGAUGCCUGCACCCCAGGGGCCCCACGCUCAUUUGUACAGGGUGGUAACUGGGGGCUGGCAAGCAGUGUUCUGGGAGGAAGGGAGUGAGGAGGGUGAGCACCAGGACUGCAGUCCCCUUAUGCUGGGAGCCUGGAAGUGGAUGGCCCCUGACAGUGUUUCUACCAAGGGCUGGGUGGAAUCAUAAAUCCACCCCACCCCCCUGUAGGAUUGCAUCAUAACCUCUGGCCUGCAGCUGCAGUUCCUUCUUGAGAAACAAAAGGCUUUUUGAGAGCCCAUCCCCCUCUGCCCCCUACCUCUGCCUGCUUUGCCGGGUGGAGGCCCCGGGACACAGCCUUUUGAGCCAAGGGUUGCAUGCAGGGGCAGACAGCUCCGGUUGCUCUGCCAACACCAGCCAGCAGGCCCGGGCAUGGCAGGGCAGGGCACCUCGGACAGGGGACCAGUGGGACUCUGCUGAUCCCCAGCCUGGGGGUGUGAGUGGAUGCAAAGUCACUUCAGCCGUGUCUAACUCUUUGAGACCCUGGGAAUGUAGCCCACCAGGCUCCUCUGUCCAUGGUUCUCCAGGCAAGAAUACUGGAGGGGGUUGCCAUGCCCUUCUCCAGGGGAUCUUCCCGACCCAGGGAUUGGACUUGAGUCUCAUAUCUCCUGCAUUGGCAGGUAGUUUCUUUACCACUAGCCACCUGGGAAGCCUGGAGACUGGGCUCAAUAAACACAGCAGAUGAUUGAA